AGGUAUGUCGGUUCAGUAAUUCGUUCGUAGCCCGUUUUCAUAAGAAAUAUCGGCCCGAAUAAAUGCUGUAGAUUUACUUUACUAAUAAAAUCGUAUGACAUGUCUAAACAGCUGAAAUUGAGUAAACAUUUAUUUAUAACUACUGGAAUAUAGGAUUGAUAAUUUCUCAGUUUCUUCCGAUUAUAUUUGACAGCCAGAGGUGGGGGUGUUUGACGCCAUAUUGGCAACUUGUGACUUUUGAGACAGACAGCAGAGUAUAAUAAAAAAAUAACCAAACUUUAACCAGCGUACGUCGAAAAAUAAUGCCUUGGAGUGUUUUUGAUUGAUUUCAUCACCUACCGCCGAUCUACCACCGGUAUUAUCACGGUAAUAAACCGUCCCCACGACUUCGCGAGUCUGACUAAAAAUGAGUUUCUUUGGGUUCGGGCAAUCUGCCGAGAUUGAAAUCAUUCUAGAUGGUUACGACACUAGAAAAACAGCAGACAUCAAAUCUGAAGAUGGAAAAAAAGAACGUCACCUUCUCUAUUAUGAUGGUGAAACAGUGUCUGGAAAGAUAAAUGUGAGCCUUAGGAAAGCUGGGAAGCUUGAACACCAGGGUGUAAAGGUUGAGUUCAUUGGACAAAUUGAGUUGUAUUAUGAUAGGGGUAAUCAUCACGAAUUUACGAGCCUUGUUAAAGAGCUGGCCAGAGCAGGGGAGCUUACGCACAACACCGUUUAUUCAUUUGAAUUUGCCAAUGUUGAAAAGCCAUUCGAAAGUUAUACUGGAUCCAAUGUCAGACUAAGAUAUUUUCUCAGAGUAACGAUUGUUCGGAGGUUAAGUGACAUUGUUAAAGAAUCUGAACUUGUUGUACACACCCUUAGCUCUUAUCCUGACAUGAAUAAUCCGAUAAAAAUGGAAGUUGGAAUUGAAGAUUGCUUACACAUCGAAUUUGAAUAUAACAAAAGCAAGUACCAUCUGAAAGAUGUGAUAGUUGGAAAAAUAUAUUUCUUGCUAGUCAGAAUAAAGAUCAAACACAUGGAGAUAGCAAUUAUAAAAAGAGAAAUCACUGGCUCUGGGCCACAUACAUUCACUGAGAACGAAACAAUAGCCAAGUACGAAAUAAUGGACGGUGCACCUGUAAGAGGGGAGUCUAUACCCAUUCGAGUAUUUCUUGCUGGGUACGACCUCGCUCCAACGAUGCGUGACAUUAAUAAAAAGUUCAGUGUCAAAUAUUACCUGAACCUGGUUUUAAUGGACGAAGAAGAUCGCCGAUACUUCAAGCAGCAGGAAAUAACGUUAUGGCGGAAAGGUGAGAAAAGCCGUAAAUCGCAAUCUGCCUCACCGCACAUGCCUUCGCAUCUGGUUUCUGCGGAAACAGGCUUUCCACAGGGCGUUGCUCCGAAUGGACCUCCUUCCGGUGGGUCCGGGCCAGAAGCUGCAAACAGUAUUAGUGGUACAGAAGAGAUCCAAGCUCCAAUCGAAGGAAUGACACGGGAGGAGGGUGAUGGAGAAGGAGAAAAAGAAACAAGCCCGGAAAACAAUUGAAUAUUUUCUUCCGGUCGUUGAGGCAUAGAAAAAUUCUGUUGAUAAUUAAGAAUUAAUCGCCGGGGCUGAAAGCGAAAGAAAUUCAAUGAGAGGAAGAAAGUCAGAGAAGAGGCGGCAGAGGAAGAGAGAGAGAGGUAGAUAGAAAGAGAAAUAGAAAUAGACAGAGAUAUUCAAGAUUACUAGAGAGAGAAAGUUGUUUCAACGAAUCGUUAAAACGGCAAAGCCAUUGGGUUGUUAAUAUUUGGUAA